GUGCAGCGCGGUCGCCCGGGAGACCGGAAAAGCCGUUUCGCACCCGCCGGCGUCGAGAUCUAGAUUGUUUUGCUUCAGAGCUCUCUCAGCCUAUUUGGAAAAUUAUGGAUCGGCACGUUCCCAUGCAUGCUUUACCUGAAGAAAUCCAAAAGAUGUCGCCCGAAGAAAAAGUUUGUAAGUACUGUGGAGUCAGCUAUCUAAUUCUUCAUGAAUUUAAGGCUAUGGAAGAAAAAGUGAAAGCAAUGGAGAAAAAGAUGAAAUUUUAUCAAGGAAGUGUAGAACGUGAAAAGAAACUUCAAGAAAAACUGCAGUCUCUUAGCCAAGAUUUUGAACAAUACAAAAUUGACAACGAAUCCAAAACAGAGAGAAUUCAAGAUGCAAACAUACAGUUAAAAAGUCAACAAAGUCAAUUUCAGGGAAUGCAGAAAGAAUUGAGUCAUUUGCAGCAUGAGUUGAAAAUUAAACAUAGACAAUCACAAGUCUUUAGUCAGAGAUUGUCAGAGUACAAACAUUUCUGGAAUAAGACUCUUUCAUUACUUACUUUUACUAAGAGGGAGCUAACCAGUAUUAAAAAUGAAGUAUAUGAUAAUUUUCAAAACUGGACUUCACUGAAAGGAGAAGUUUUUCUACAAAUUAAAUCUAUAAGUGAAACUGCCUUGACAGAAAUAGACAUACUGAAUAAAAGCUUGACAGUGUCCCAGAGAAAUAAGGUAUGCCUUGAAGAGGAAAUGAAAAAUCUGAAAUUGUUGUCAGAUGCAGCCAUACUGAGGUCUCAGCAGAUUCAGACAUCUAAACAACAGGGAGUAAACUGGCAAACCAGAUGCUAUAACUUGCAAAAAGAAGUACUAGAUUUACAAUGUCAAGUAGAGGCACUUGAGUUAAAACUUCAGAAGGCUGUGAAGGAGAUGGACAACUAUAAAGAAAUGCUCGUGAAUAAGUCUAAUGAAGCUGAUCACUGUCAAAGAGAACUUAGAAAACUGAAGUUUGAAUCCAUAAUUUCUGAAUCACGGCACACUAAACUGCUUAAAGAAAAAGAAGACUCUUUAAUGACUUGUCAACAAAUAUAUAAAACUUUACAGGAAGAGCUGACUGCAAAAGAAAGCCAAGAGGAAGAUUUAAAAAGAAGGAUUAACCUUGCAGAAAAUGAGUUAGAGAUAACCAAAACUCUUCUUCAUCAGACAAAGGAAGAGGUUUUGACACUGAAAAAUGAAAGGGAAUUGAUGCUGAUUUCACAUCAGAAAAGCAUCGAGCAGCUGCAGGAGACCCUUAGAGAGAAGCUGCUGAGUGAUGAUAACUGGAAGGAGAAGAUUGAAGCUGAACUCACCAAGGAAAGGGCCCAACACUUAGUGGAAUUUGAGGAACAAGUUCUUCUCUUUAAGGAAGAAGCUAAACUGGAACUUGAUAUUGAAAAAGAAAAACACCAAGAAAUAAUCCAAAAGUAUAAGAAAGAACAAGAGGAACUACAAAUGAAGAUAUCUGACUUAAUCACAGGCGCUACAAGAGAUCUAAGGCUGGAAGUGACCACUCUUAAAGAAAAACUCCAUGAAUCCCUUAUUCAAUACACUGAAGAAUCUGAGUCAAAGGAAAAAGAAAUCGAAAACCUUAGAAAUUUGGUUGCAGAAUUUGAAUCUCGUUUAAAGAAGGAAAUUGACAGUAAUGAAUCAGUUUCAGAAGACUUGAAGAAGGAAAUGAAAAAGAAGUCAGAUGAACUGGAAAGAGUAAUGUUGGUACAAACACAACUGAUACAGCAAUUUAACCAGUCCCAGGAAGAGAACACUUUUCUUCAGGAAACAGUGCGUAGAGAGUGUGAAGAACGAUUUGAACUUACGGAGGCUUUGAGUCAAGCCAGAGAGCAGCUCCUGGAACUCAGGAAGCUCAGUAGAAGCUUACCGUUGUCACCAUGUUCCCUCAGCAAGGGCAGCCUAACCUCCCCUGCUGCCAUGGUCAGUAACCAUGGAGAGAGAAGCCUUGCAAGACUACACUCUGAAAAAGGAACCAAAAUCCCCAGCCUGCACAGAGUGUCAAAACCCACCACUUCCCCAACCUCAGAGAAGCCCAAGAAGGCCAGCAGCUCAGGUUUGCCCAUUCUCCCCCAGCCACAUCCUCCCAGGGGUGGAGCAUCCUCAGUGAAUGAGACCAGACUGAGACUGGCUGCCAUUCUUCGGAGGAGGCUGAGUCAGCAGUGACUGAUCCAGACUCCAGAGCAGUUCUACAUAGCGGGCACACUCUUGCACCCUAACUCACUGUAGCUGAGGAGGACAAAGAUCAAAUUAUGUUCGCAGCUCAAGAAUGCAUGUCUAUAGAUUUAUUUAACAAAAGAAUGUAAAAAGCUAGAAAAUUGUGAAGCCUCAUUUUUCAAGAGGGCUUUGAAAUUGCAACACAUCAUUAAGUUGUUGGUAUUCCAGAGGGCCAAUUUCUAUAUUUCUAUAUUUCUAUAUUGUAUAUAUUUGAUAUGCUCUAUGACUGUGCCCUUUUAGAGAUCAGAGGUAAAAUUUUUCACUCAUAGCAUCUUUUUCUUUUUUUAUGCCAUUAUAAGCAGUUUAUUUCCACCAAAAAUAGAUUGUAUUGGUUUU